UAAUUAAUGGUUCAUUUUUUUAAGAUAUAGAAUGACAACAAGCGAUAUGACGCUUCCGAAUAAAAUUCCGAGUGCUCUAACAAGAUCUUAUCAGAAAAUAUCAGAGCAUUUCUCCUCCUCUCAAGAAAAGACUGAGUUCAGUCAGUCGAUUUUACGUGUGUUUCAUGAAUUGGACUCACUGCAUGAGUGGUGUAACAAAAUAAUAGAGCAAAUGCAGGCAAUAGUUGAGCCAAAUCCCGCCUACAGGAUGUCAUCAACCUUCAAGAAGUUCGUUGCUAAAGACACAGACGAUAAGAAUGUUCCGAAGUCCGAAGAGACCAAUUUGGGGUUGUUGUUGGACCAGGGAGUGAGUCUGGUGGCACCCAGUGGAACCAACAGUGUGGCUGAAAUGCAGAAUUUCGCCAGCCUCGAACGUGCUCUGGGUCAUGCACGCGAGCGAUUCUCGCAUGCGAUCAAGUAUGAGAUCAUAGUGGGUCUGCAGACAGUGGCUCUGCAGCUGGCGCAGUUGAAGGGCGUGAAGAAGGAGUUGGAAAACAGGAGGCUGGAUGUGGACUAUUACAAGGGAAGACUCAGGGCAUCAUCCACUGCUGUUGCCAUUGAGAGCGCAAACAACUCUCUCGAUGAGGCAACUGAUGCUCUGACUGUGGCGAUGGAGGACUUCGAACGACAAGCCAAGUCCAAACUGCCGGUGAUGCAGGCGGAAAUUAGCAACAUGACUCACGAGUUCAUGAAGCUGCAGCAGAAGUACUUCACAGAGUCACAGACCGCUCUAACCAAAAUGGAGGAAAACAACAACAGUCGGGAUGACAUCGCCGAAAGCCGAAGUGGAAAAACGAAUGGAGUGAACAAGAUCGAAGAGGAGAGUGCAGUAGCAUCUACAUCUUCCUUCAGUAUCUAAUGAAACAGUCAUCAUCAUCAGCGUCAGUAUUGAACUUAGUGCCAUUAGUUGAUCAAUGCAAAUGGUGCCUUAAGACUCAAUUGUUCGUUAGAAUUUUAAUUUCGUUAUUUGAGUUAAUUUUGUACUGCU